AUGGUGCGGACUUUUCUCCUUGCAUCGUCGUCGAAGCGAACGCAGAAAAGGCCUGUUCAAUUAGGCGUAAUUGUUAGAGCGGGCGAAUUCGAAUAUCAGAAUCCGGCAUCGGAGAGUGAUGUUGUCAACGUCAAUUUUGUCUUGCGUGAUGGAUCUGUUAAGAGGGUCAGGGGUAAAGUCGGUGAUAAUGUUAUGUAUCUCGCGCACAGGUAUAAAAUUGAUAUCGAAGGAGCGUGCGAGGCGUCCUGUGCUUGUUCAACUUGUCACGUUUACGUUGAUGAUGAGUUUUAUGAUAAAUUGCCGGAGGCGAAGGACGAAGAGGACGAUAUGUAUAAAAUUGAUAUCGAAGGAGCGUGCGAGGCGUCAUGUGCUUGCUCAACUUGUCACGUUUACGUCGAUGAUGAGUUUUAUGAUAAAUUGCCGGAGGCGAAGGACGAAGAGGACGAUAUAUAUCGCUGA